AUGGCCACCGCUAUUUCUACAAUGGGUAACUCGGUUGGAUUGGAAGAAACUACUGAAGUGGUCGAAUAUACUGAAGUUGUCGAAGAAGUUGUUCAUUUGGAACACUCUGAACUCUUGGAUACCGUUGAAGAAAUCGAUGAAACUGAAGUUUCAAAAGAGGAAACCCAACUACAGCAACAAAAUGUUGAACCUUCCGAUUGUCCCUCACAAGCUGAGCAAGUGGAAAAAAUUAGUUUACAUCAUGAAGUAACUAAACAUUCUGAAACCACUGGAAAAGGUGAAACCUCAGUUGAAAAUAUUAGAAUUAUUGUAGAUACCGAGCGAACUCAACCUUCCGAGGUCGAUAAAGAAACCGAAAAAACUGAUUCCGAACGAACUGAUAAAGUUAUAGAAUCUCAAUCUCAACCGCAAUCAAUGUGUGGUCUUCCAGACGAUUUUGAAUCAGAGAAUCAACGUGAGUCCGAAACUCAGCACGAAAAUGUUUCGGUUUCCGGUGAAUCCAAUGCUACGGAAACAAAAUCUGAUCCUGCCGAUCCUCUGACUCCUCCGAAAAGUCCAACCGAUGAAAAGGAAAAAGAAAAGUCGGAAAAAAAGAUUGCUACUAAAGUUACCACCAGUAAAAUCGCAAAAACUGCUUCUAGUUCUAAACCUGGGGCGGUUAAAAAACAAACUGCAACUAACACAACUACCACAACUACCGCUAAACCGACACGUGCCCGUAGUUCUUCCAUCAGUAAAUCCAAUCCUCCUCCGCCAUUAACCAAGACACCAGGAACGCGCUCCUCUAGCACUUCUAGUAAUUCGAGAACUCCAUUGACCCCUAAAAUUCCCAGCAGUCCUACCACGGCCAAAGCGUCAACAUCAUCUAAAGCUACUACAGGUUUGACCGCAAAGAGUCACGCUUCGAAGACUACAACCGUCAAAACCAAUGCGAUAAAACCUACUGCGCCAGGUCUUGCACGUAAACCAUCGCUUAAUACGACUACUACUAGUGUUGGAGCAAGUUCGACAAAAAAGAUAACCGUUUCAACAACUUCUAAAACCACAAAAGCAAAAGCUACCCCCCCUGCCACUACUACAACAGUAAAAACGAUUACUACGAAGGCUAACGGUGUUUCUGCAAAGGCUAAUGGUGUUGGUGCCGUAGCUAAGGUUGCUUCCUCGAUUGAUGUUAGUCUUAAAGAGAAGACCGAAGAACUUACCCGACUUCUUGAAGAAAAAGAUAACAUCAUAAAGUCAAGGCAAGAGGAAUUAGAUGCUUUAAAAGCUAAAAUAGAAAAGGGAAAUGAUAGUACUAGUGAAUCUGUUGAACAACAAGGUCAUCAUUUGGAAGAGUUAAAAAAGGCUCAUGAGGAAGAAACUCAAAAGGUAAUGGAAAAAGAUGUAGCAAUUCUUGCCAAAGAAGCCGAAAUUUCUAAACUUCGUGAAGAGAUUGCAACUUUAAAAGAGACUAUUGAAUCCUUAAACGAAAAAAUUGAGAAACUCAAUAAUGAUCGAGAAGCAAAAUUAACGCAACUUAAAGAGAAUCAUACUAAAUUAAUCGAGAGUCUUAAAGGUAGCCAUGAUUCUGAACUUGCAGAUUUAAUUCAAAAGGUUAAAGGCGGUGAAGCUAUUGCUAAAGAACUUGAAAACUCAAGAUCUGAAUUGGAGGAUGUCAAAAAGAGCCAUUUUGAGCAAUUGAAAGAUUUAAAAACACAGCAUGAACUUGUUCUCGAACAAGUUAAAGAGCAAGCAAAGAAUGAAUAUACGGCAACUUUGGAAUUUGCUCAAGGAGGAACUGCAGUUGCUGUUGAAGCAUUGAAAAUCAAACAUUUGGAUGAAUUGAAUAAACUCGAGGAAAAACAUGAACAAACGUUACAAAAAUGUCAAAAUGAGCACGAUAAAGCGAUAGAGAAAGUCAAGAGCGAAGUUCAGUCCGAUAUUAAAAAAAAAUUUGAAAACCUCGAGGAAACUCACAUGAAAGAGUUGGAUUCUAUUACAGCUAGGCGUGAUGCCACGAUCCAAGAAAUGGCUUCUCUUAAAUCUCAACAUUCUCAGGCCAUUGAGGAUCUUAAGAAUAGUCAUGUUCAAGAAAUUGAGCUAAUCAAGUCAUCUGCCGAUCAAGAACUCGUUAAAAAAUAUGAAACAGAAUUAGCAGCACUCAAAGCCGCCACACAUGAUCAAAGUGUAAUUCAAGAUUAUGAAGACCAAAUUAAGGAACUUAAAUCUCAACACGAAGCAGCUUUAAAUGCUAUUAAAGCAUCAGAUGAAAGCAUUAAAAAAUACGAGACUGAAAUUGCGCAACUCAAGGCUAUCGUGGAAGAUUUGGAAUCUCGUCAUAAAAGUCAUCUUGAAGAGAGACAAGUAGCAUUCUCUACAGAAGUUGAGGAAAUGAAAAAUCGUCAUGCUCAAGAACUUGAUGAAUUAAAAAAAUCUCAUGUUGAAGCUUCUGUAAUAGACAAAUUGAAAGCAGAUCAUGAUAAAGAAUUAGAAACAUUAAAAGCUCUCCAUGCUGAAGAAUUACAAAAAACCAAAAAAGAACUUGAGGAAGAAAUUGAAAAAAUCGCUUCAAAUCGCCUCCAGUGUAUUAAAGAGCUUAAAGAAUCCCAUAGCAAAGACAUACAAGAAACGAUCAAUUCUAUUGAGCAAGAAACAAAAGAGAAAGAAGCAGCUUUAUUGUCGAAAAUGGAAGAACUUCGAAGUGAAUCGGAAUUGAUGAUUAAAGAAUCCACGAAAAAACUAAAGGAAGCCGAAGCUAAAGUUGAAGCACUAGAGUUAUUGAAAAUUGAACAUCAAAAAGAAUUGGAAGGAUUACGGUCCGAAACUACUUGCGAACUUAAUGAACUGCGUGAUAAAGUUGCAUCAUACAAAAAACAAAUUGAGAGUCAAGAAACCGAAAUGAAAAUGUUCAAUGAGAAAAGCGAACUUGAAAUGGACAAUAUGAAGAAAGAAUACGAACAAAGCCUUGCUAAACAUGAAGAAGAAUUGGAACAAUUUCAAAUCCUUCUUGAAAAAAAGGAAAAAGAGGUUGAUGAAUACAAAUCGAAAUUUUCAAACGGAAAUGGUGCAUCACAUAAAGAUCUUGAAGAAUUGCAUCAAGCCCAUAAUGCAAAAAUAGAUGAACUUUCUAAACAGCUGGAAGAUAAGGAAUCUUUAAUAAGUUCACAAACCAUGGAAACCCGAUGGCUUGAAGCAGACGCUGAAAAGCAAGACCAAAAGAUUGAGGAUCUCAGUAAAGAGGUCGCGAGUCUUGGUAAAGAGAACGAUGUAUUGAAGGAGGAAAAUGAUCGGUUGAUCAAGUUGAUUCAUCAAUAUCAAGAACAAUUAAUCAAUCAGUCUUAA